UUCAAUUUACAAUUCAAUUAUUCUAGUAGGGCAGCCAUGGUGGAUUCCGUUUGCUCGGAUCCGCUAGCUGGUGAUAGAUGGCGUGAUAUCCGGAAACUAACAGAUAGACCAUCUGGCUAUGCUGUUCCAUGGUUUGAACCCGGGCCAGAGAACAUGGCGGCACUACAGAAAACUCGAGUGUUGGUGAUUGGCGCUGGUGGCUUAGGCUGUGAGCUUUUGAAAAAUUUGGCAUUAUCUGGUUUCCAAAACCUGGAUGUCAUCGAUAUGGACACUAUAGAUAUUAGUAAUCUCAACAGGCAAUUUCUUUUCAGGAUGUCUGACGUAGGGAAGUCAAAGGCUGAAGUGGCGGCCGCCUUUGUGCAAGGCAGAGUAUCUGGAUGCACAGUGACAGCACACAACUGCCGAAUAGAGGACAAACCUCCCUCUUUUUACCGGCAGUUCUCCUUGGUGAUCUGUGGCUUGGACUCAAUAGCCGCGAGGAGGUGGAUUAACGGGAUGCUGUGCGAUUUGGUGAUCGUCGAGAAUGGUCAAGUGGACACCUCUACAGUGAUACCACUUAUAGAUGGUGGGACCGAAGGCUUCAAGGGAAAUGCAAGAGUAAUCUAUCCAAGAUUGUCUGCGUGCAUCGACUGCACUUUGAACCUGUUCCCACCCCAGGUGAACUUCCCUUUGUGUACGAUCGCGCAUACCCCAAGGUUACCAGAACACUGCGUUGAGUACGUGAAGGUGAUACAGUGGGUGGAGGAGGCACCUUUUAAUGGAGCUUCGCUAGAUGCUGAUGAUCCUUCGCAUGUAGACUGGGUCCUGCAAAAAGCACUUGCCCGAGCACAGGAAUACGAUAUAAAGGGUGUCGAUCGCCGUCUAACACAUGGUGUAUUGAAAAGGAUUAUCCCAGCCGUGGCAUCCACGAAUGCCGUAAUAGCAGCUUCGUGUGCCUUGGAAGCCAUAAAAUUAGCAACAAACACCGCCAAACCUAUCGAUAACUACCUAAAUUUCACUGAUAUUGAAGGUGUGUACUGCGGAGUAGUGCAAAUGGAGCGAGAUCCAGAUUGCCCAACAUGUAGUAGUGGAUAUGUGCAGAUUCAGUGCCAGAAUGAUGACACUUUGCAGGAUCUCAUUGAUAAGCUUGUCGACAAGUUCCAGCUGAAAAAUCCUUCUUUGGAAACGGCCACGGACAAAAUUUAUAUGAUCAGUGAGCUCAUACCAGAACUUCGAGAAAAGAGUCUGCUUAACUUAGCACGCCCGCUUCGAGAACUUGUGUCAGCUGAUGAAGAUGUGCUCGUAGCUGACGAAGUAUUAUCAAAAUCACUGUCGAUUAGAGUCACGUACGCCAGGGAGGAACGACUCCCAUACGACGUUCUAGCAGUGGAGGUAGUUCCUAAGCAAACAUUCUCAAAAUGGGCGAAAGCGCCGACAACACAACCACUCAACCCUCGCGGACAGUGUCCAGAAUGUGGCAAGUGGACGACGGCCAUCUAUUUACACAUGGUCUGUUCCCACAAUUGGACCGGUGAACAAGUCGCUAAACUGAAGGCAGAAUUGAAAAAGAAGGAUGAGAAAACACUCGUCAAAGUAGAUGGGCACUACUGGUGCAAAAACUGUGGUGUUGGGUAUAUUUCAAAAAAUGCUCUAUAUGGACAUAUGGCUAGCUGCUGGAAACGGUUGAAAAAGCGCAAAAGAAGGAAGAAUGGGAAAAAGAAUGAGGUCGAGUACCACCCGCAACCGAAGAAGCAAUUGCCAUUCCGUCCACCAGUUCUUCCACCACUGCCAGAUCAGCUCAGCGAAACCGUAAGGGGUGCGGUACUGUGUCCCGUACCUCGAUGUGAAGGACGAUUUGCCAAUCAUGACAGUCUUUCUUAUCAUUGUAUGAUCGAGCACUCAGAGCUGGGAGCAGCAGGAACUCCGCAGAAUUUCGCUAUUCGACAAUAUCGAUUUGAGUCUAAGGAGGAAUACAAGGAAUGGCUUUGUCGACGUUGUGAAGAAACUUGCACAUCAUUUUCGACUAAGACAUCUAUGUGGUCUGGAUAUGCUAUGUAUCGCUGCAAUCGAGCUGGUACUUUCAAAACAUCUAGCUCUAUACGAGCCGGUACCUCAACGAAAAAAGCACAAACGCAUUGUUCUGCGUUUUUGAGGAUUAGUGAAUAUAAUGAUGGAAGCAUUGACGUAACUUGCUGUUUUGGUCAUAUUUUCCAUGAACUUGAUCCUACGGCUUUGCGUUUGAAUGAAAGGCAAUGCGGUGUCAUCCAGAAUCUACUAGAGCGAAAGAUGUAUCUUAGUGACAUUUGCGGUAAAAUGAGAGCUGAAUAUCCACCAACAAAUCGUUUACACUACACAACCGCUAAUGAUGUCCGAAAUCUUGCUCUGCGACUUGGAUUACCAAUCCGUUUAAAAGACAAGAUUCCUGUAAAACAUAAUAAAUCGCGCGAUGAACCGGAUGCUGAUGAUGGGGAGAUAGAAAUAUUAGAAGAUGAACCCGACCAAGACACCGCUGGAGGCGAUGAACCUCCUGCUGAUGGCGAAGAAACUGCUCCUGAAGGCGAGGAAAUUGUCAUCACUGAUGAUGAACUAGGACUCGAAUUGGAUGUGGAUGAUAAGGCAGUCGAAGGAGAGGAAGUUGCUAUGGAACAUCCACUCGAUGGAGAUGAAGAGGAAGCUGACGGAGAUGAAGUUGCCAUGGAACAUCACCUUGAUGAAGAUGAAGAGGAGGAAGUGGUGGAGGAAGAUGAUCCUGAAUAUGAAGAGCUGGAAGAGAUGGAAGCUGAAGAAAAGCCAACGACUUCCGCUGCUACCUCCACCGAAAGCGACAGCCGUCCAGGAAGAUCUCGACGAGCGCCACAGCGAUUUGCUUUUGAUUGAAUAUUGUUUCUGUAAAUUGUUAAGAUUGUUAAAUUGAAAUAAUUUUCAUUACAUUAUUAUAGUUAGCGGACCAGUACGGUUUCGUUUGGAGUUUGUGAUUUUGCUUGUCCUUUUGCUCGUACUGAUUAGCCUGCUCUUGUGAGUGAUGGUUAGGUUUUUAGAUAUUUGGG